AUGUUAGAAAACAAACAAAUUUCUGUUUCAAAAAAAGCAUAUAAAUCUGAACUUUUAGAAAUUAUAAAAAGAUAUAAAGAAAAAGUUCCUUUUGCUUGUAUAGAAAUAGCUAAACACUAUAUUCAUAGAAUUUUCUAUACCCUUCCUUAUCACUGUGAACUUCAACCUAUCAAAGGUAUCUGGGCUCUAGUAAAAAAUGAAGUUUCAGUAUCAGGUCCACACAGUAAUUUACUUGAAAUUAGAAAUAAACUUUUUUAUACCUUUGUAGAAAAGAGAAAAACUGUCAAUAUUGCAAAGGAUUAUGAGAAAUCAGAAGAUCAUAUGCUUUUAAUAGAUGAUGAAUUAGAUAAUGAAAUUAUCUUAGUUAGUGACGAUGAAUCUGACUAA